AGUUUCAGAGGAGGAGAGCAGCUUUUUUUUCUUUUUGCCAUAACGUCUAAUGGUUCGUGUCUGGAAGGAAAGGUCUAUCUCUGAUCAAAUUUCGGGUAACCUAAGGGCACACUUAACUAAUGGGAUCCUAUCGAUGUUUCUCCCCCUCCAAGCCUGAUCUUUACACGGCGGAAUGUUAAUGUUGCCACAGCCUGUCCGUGUUGUCUUUGGCUGCUCUGAGUCUGGCUUUAUUGUUGUAGUCGGUCUAUAAUGUCAUGGAGCUUGACGGAUAUGAUUAAAAAAAACCCGCAGUAAAGCAACACUCCUGUGACUGACUGGACUAUGGAAGUGAUCGGGUUUACUCUGCACAUGUGUGAGGAGAAGUGUGUGUCCCAUGUUGCAUUAGUGUCUGUGUGAAAUGCUGGCCUGUCUGCCAGGGCCAGGUGACCUCCCCCUCCAGCUUCUCCCCCACACGCAGAUGAACACUGGACAUCAGAAAUGGGACACCACACAAAGGAUGAGAUCCGCUCCGUUUCCAACCCCUGCAGAAUUGGAUGCAUAUGCUAAGAAGGUUGCCAACAACCCCCUUACCAUCAAGAUCUUCCCCAACAGCGUCAAAGUCCCCCAGCGAAACCACGUGCGGCGUACUGUCAACGGGCUGGAUACGUCAGGCCAGCGAUACAGCCCCUACCCUUCCUCUCAGGCCAGUGCCAAGACGGGCCUCCUCGCCAUCAUCAAGGUGCCCACGGUCAAAGGCAUCCUCAAAGAUUUUGACGGCAGCCGGGCUCGCUUGCACCCUGAAGUCAUCAUGAACCCCCCUAGCGGACCCUAUCAAGUGGCUUCGACCAGCACUUUAAACCACCACCCACCUCUGCCGAACCUCAGCCGGCUCCAGCAGAGCUUACCCCUUCAACCGCAGGAGCCACCUCAGACUCUACAGAUGCCCCUCCCUCAGCAGCAGGGCCACACCCAGAGCCUCAGACACCCUCCCCCCAUGGCCCAGCACCCUCAGGGCCCACCCAGACUCCAGACUCUGUCUCAGCACCCAGCCCUUAGCCACCCACAGGGGCCCCCUACUGUCAUGCUUCAGCAGCAGCACCUCCAGCAGCAGCAGCAGCAGCAGCAGCCACCACCCGGCCUGCAGGGGAGCAGAAAGCUGCCAGACGGCGACGCACCGCCUAAUGUUACUGUCUCUACCUCAACCAUUCCACUCUCCAUGGCCGCCGGGCUGCACCACGGCCGCCAGGCUGACCUGAGCACCAUUGUGCAUCAGAUCAACCAGUUCUGCCAAGCUCGGGCCCAAGGUGCGGGAGCCACCUCCAUGUGCGAGGGCCAGAUCGCCAACCCCAGCCCCAUCAGUCGCAACCUGCUUAUCAGCGCCUGCUCCAGGGUGUCCAUGCACAGCAACCCUGCCACCCCUGGCUUCCCCCCACCCAACUGCAUCAUCGGCGCUCAAGAGAAAGCCGCGGCCCCGGUGGGAGCUCACCCCCCACACAGCGUGGCUAUUAUGAACCACUUGCCUUCCAACCACACUGAUCUCAAGCAGCAGCACCACCUGCAGCAUCAUCUGCACCAACAACAGAAUCAGCAGCAGCUACAACAUAACACACAGCAGCAGAAGAUGCGCUCUUGGAAUCAGCACCAGUUGGCUCAUAUACCCCACAUUCAGAACGGUGGGACCCACCUCUGUAAGCAGCCUUCCAGGGACCCCGCCUUCCAUUUUAAGGGCAUGGGCUACCCUGCAGAGGUGUGUGUGGGUCAGCCUUACACACUGAAACCCCCCGUAGAGAGGCCCACCCCCUCUCCCCCGGUCAACAACGGCAUGCCCGGCCACAUGGCCCACUACACUAACGGUCACUACUUCCAGUCUCAUAUUUGGAACAGCAGCAUCCUACCCACACCCAACAGUGACAGCUCCGGGUCUCAGGACAUAGCCAUGCCAUUCCACGGUGCGGGCCCAGGGGGGUGCACCACGCUAGACUGUGGGCCCCCUGGGGCUCCCCAUUACAGGCUAGGAACGAGCUCCUCCACCUCCACCUCCUCCUCCGCCCAGACUAAUCUGAUGCAAACGGCAGAUUACUUGGGUGGGGACUUCCAGACGCCCUACUUCCGCGAUCAGAAUCUAGGGUUGAUGGGCAAGAUGCACAGGCCUCCUCUGAGCAGGGUAGGUCCAGAGGUCGGGGAUGGCAGAACCGCUCUCAUCCAGCACCCAGGGUACAGAUAAGCUAUGGCCUUGUCUACACAACAGUUAUCAAAACCCCUUUGUUUAGUCUUAAGAAAGGAAACACAUGAAUAAAUUGAUAACUUAAACAAAUUACCGCUAAUGUUAAAGAGGGUAAAUUAAUAUAUUUAAUGAAGAACAGUAGUUUUUUUUGUUCUUUUUUUAAAAUAAAUCUUGCAAGUGAUCAAUUGCUACUUUUAUUUUUGUUAAUGAGUGCUUUUACUUGGCACUUUAGGGAACUUUUUCAUGUGCGUGUGUAUACAUAUCUGUACUGUGUGUGUCAUUCCCUCCUUCCUCUAUUGUACUAUCUGUGUGCCUGGAUCUUAACGGACCCUGCGUCAUUUCUACUUCAGACCUAUCCGUAACAUUUUCUUAUGCAUGUAAGAAAGAAGACAAACAGAUAGAUCCCUCACUGAUAAACUGUUUUUUUACAGGGUCAAGUCAGGAAUUUUUUCGACUCAGACUAGUGACUAAUUUUCAUUUUGGUGUUAAUGCUCCAAUCUCAUAGUAACUUCAAGAUUAACCACAAUCAUUUGAAAACAGAAGAGGGUGUUUCAGUGCAAAGCCACCAGACACUGGAGACUAUAAAGUACAGCUAGAGAAGCUUGUGGUAUGCACAUGUACACGUUUUAUUCUUUUUAAAUGUAAUUAUUUAUUUGUAUAAUAGGACUAUUCAAGAUUGAUUCCUCUCUGUCAGUUAAGGAAGCAUGUAAUCAGGUUGUUUGUACAUAGUCAAGAUCCAGCAGGGAGCAGGUAUGUUUAAAAAAAAAAAAAGGUGACGCUCUGUUCUGCUGAAAAUGCUGCAAUGAAUUCAGGUGUUUAAAAAAUAACUUUUUUUGUCGAUGCCGGGAAGGCUCGGCAAUAGGAUUGUGAAAUGUUUAGUGCAGAAAAAGUCAUGAAAGAUUAACUCUCAUACCUUAAAAUGGCCAAAGUCAUGUUAACAAGGACACACUGUUAUGAAAAUGUGCCAUUUUUGUGUUUUGUUUCCUUUUCUGAUCGUUUUCUGUAACCAUGACAAAUGUAUUACUUGAAUGUUGAGAUUAUUUGUUUUGCAGUUAUUGAAGGUUAGUUAUGAGGACAAAACUCUGGAGUAGAAGAAAUAAUAGUGUUACUAAUGUCAUGUAGAAUCAAACUACGAGCCUCACCAGAGUUUUGAUCCUGACAGCAGGAACUUAAGUGAAUUAAGUUAUGUGUAGUUGCUACUGAUUCUGAUGUGAAGUCUGCUUGAAAAAGACCAAAUUGAUCACUUGCAAGAUCACUUGGAGGUAAACAAAACUGACUUUUAAGUUAAAAGUGAAACAGCAAAUGCAUUGUUUAUUUUAUUGUACACUGGCUUACCUACUAGACUACUGUAACUUUAAAGUUUAACGAUUGUGUGUGAGUGUUGCCUGCUGACGUGGGUAGAGUUAAGAGUGUGUGUGUGUGAGUGUGUGUGUGUGAGAGAGAGAGACUGUGCGUAUAAACACAAUGACGCCCAUGUUUUGUUCACCUAACUCCCUAACAGCCCUUAAAAAGCCUUAAGUGUUUGGUCCUUGGACUUCCCUUGAAAAUGAGCAUGGUUUUAAUGAAAACCCCAAAUAAUAAGGAGAAAGAAGAUACACAGAAACAGCAAUUUUUUUGCUUUCUUUUUUUUUUCCUUCCUGAUCUUUUUAUUUUAUUGAAGUUUUGUUGACUAGACAGAGCAAUUCCUUAGAGAUUCUUUAUUAUGGAAAGCAAGAAAAGGAGUAAUAUUUUGUAAUUAUAUAUUUUAGCAAUGUGUAGUUACUGAGCUGUAACAUUUUUUUCCAAGUUUCAAAGCUUCAGUUUGCAGUUGUGACUAUUUAUAAUACUUGAUUUGCUUGUUAUUUAAAUUUAUUUUCUUCUUUAUUUCUUGUACUAUUGCUGUGAAAUGGAAGAAGGUCCACAAGCCUUUCUUUUGUGUCAUUCUGUACGACAGAUAAGAGGCAAGAGAGUGAGAGUUGUGCUACUCUUUUUGUAAUAUUGUAAUAAUAAAAUAAAGUUCUAAUUUAUGCUUUGAAA